AGGAGUCAUUUUUUCUAUAGAAUAAUAACCGGGGUCGUUAUUCUAUGAGAUUCGAAGGGAGUCAUCUUUAGGGAGUCAGUAUUUUACUUGGAGGGGUCAGUUUUUCUAUAGAAUAAUGACCGGGGGGUCGUUAUUCUAUAGAGUUUUCAAAGGGAGUCAGUUUUUUAUAAGGGGAGUCAAUAUUUUACAGGAAAGAAGUCACAUUUUCUAUAGAAUAAUGACCGGGGGGUCGUUAUUCUAUGGGGUUCGAAAUACUUCAUUACACCGACUGGUUUUCGACGCUUGGAAAGGAAGUACAUAAAAUUUCCGGUACUUUCACUUGUGAACGAAACUACUCGAGUACGAACCGGUAGAAGGGAGACAAUCCAAAAUCAAGAUGUCUGCGCCCACGUACUGAAAAACAACAACAAAAAGAAAAAAUAUAUUGUUUGAAUUCGAAGUACAUUUUUGAUAAAAAAAAGCAGAGAAAAACGAGAUGUACACAUUGUUGUCUGGAUUGUGGAAGUACAUGUUUCAGAAGGAGGAGUACAGUGUCCUUAUACUGGGACUGGAUAAUGCUGGAAAAACUACCUACUUGGAGCAUACGAAAAUGAACUUCACCAAAAAGUAUCAGGGGAUGAAUUUGAAUAAAAUUACAACUACUGUUGGCCUUAAUAUUGGUACCAUAGUUGUAGGAGGUGUCAAGUUGAAGUUUUGGGAUCUUGGAGGGCAGGAGGAACUACAGUCACUUUGGGACAAGUAUUAUGCAGAAUCACAUGCUGUUAUCUAUAUUGUUGACUCGUCAGACAAGGAAAGAAUUGAUGAAUCUAAAGAAGCCUUUGACAAGAUGAUAGUGAACGAAACUUUGAAAGAUGUUCCUCUACUCCUUUUGGCAAACAAGCAAGAUUUACAGGAUGUGGUUACAGUUGGAGAUAUAAAGUCAGUAUUCAACAGUAGUAGAGAGCUGAUAGGACACAGAGAUUGUAGAGUAAAUGGCGUGUCAGCUUUAAAAGGGGAUGGUAUAAAUGAAGGUAUAGAAUGGAUGGUUGAUUGUAUAAAGAGGAACAGUUUAGUGCGACCUCCGGCACAAAAAGACAUCACAUGACACAGGAUCAAUGCUCGACUUUUACUCUGUGUUUGUAACUCUGGGGCCAUGUUGUGAUAAAAAGUUGUACAUAAUGGGAUUAUACGAUAGUUUUGGGUAUAGAAGAUGGGAAUUAAAGAACACACAAACUUCUGCUAUCAUGUGUGAUAUUAUGAAAGUCACCAGUUAAAAGCAGACCAUCUAAUAACCUCGAGUUAAUGUGCUUAGAGCAUGUAAUACAUAAAUUAUAAUAUUGAAAGUCAUUGAUAGUAAUUUUAAUUUGCAAAAAUGUUCAUAUCAAAGGUUUCUGGAGAUUGCAGGUUUGUAUCAAGGUUACAAAUCUGAUGGUACAGCUGCAGUGCUGACCAGUAUGCUCAGUGCUUUUCUAUGAUCAAAUUCAGGGUUGCAGGUUAUGACCAAAAAUAGCACCUCUGUUGUUUUUUUACAAGAUAUUGCAGCUGGAAUAUUUGGGUCAGAAGAAGGACAAUGAUUCACUGUCACAAUGACCUUUCUCUUAACAUUUUUAUUAAAAUUUUUGGAAGUCUGUGAUGGUAUUGAAAAUUGAUUUUGUAUGCCGCAACUUUCACUUUAUAGUACAAAUUUAGUUAGCAGAUAAAUAAAACUAUAAUAGAAGAAAAUGCAUUUGAAGUUAUUCUGUUGACAUUCUUUAGUAUUUAGAGUUUUUGAAGUUUCUUUGAAGAGUAUGCUAUCAAAACAAGCUGGGUUAUUUUGCACUGUCUUGAAAUGGUUUGUUUAUGAUACAUAUUCAAGUUCAUUUAUUUAAGAUUUGUUUUGGUAGAAUUGUUUCCAUCUGCUUCAGAUUACUGACUGGUUCAUGUUACACUGUAACAGUUUUUGUCAGCUUCUUUAUGAUACAUGUAUACCACAAUCUACAAUAUUCAGAGUGCUGAUAGAAUUGUUUUCGUUGUAGUUUUGAAUGUAUUAUUGUACCCCCCGACAACAAAGUUGUAAGGGGGGGUAUACUGGUUUCAGGUUGUCUGUCUGUCUGUCCGUCUGGCCGUCUGUCCGUCUGUCCGUAGACGCAAUCUUGUGCGCACCAUCUCUCCUCAUCCCCUUGACAGAAUUUAAUGAAACUUCACACAAGUGAUCAGUACCAACAGCAGUUAUGCAUGGGGCAUGUUAGGUUCUUUUAGAAAAAAAAAUUGCAGAUUUAUGCGACUUUGUUUUUUUGUUACUAUACUAUAUACAUAGACACAAUCUUGUGCGCACCAUUUCUCCUCAUCCCCUUGACACAAUUUAAUGAAACUUCACACAAGUGAUCAGUACCAACAGUAGUUGUGCAUGGGGCAUGUUAGGUUCUUUUAGAAAAAAAAAAUUGCAGAGUUAUGGGACUUUGUUUUUUUGUUACUAUACUAUAUACAUAGACACAAUCUUGUGCGCACCAUCUCUCCUCAUCCCCUUGACACAGUUUAAUGAAACUUCACACAAGUGAUCAGUACCAACAGUAGUUGUGCAUGGGGUAUGUUAGGUUCUUUUAGAAAAAAAAAUUGCAGAGUUAUGGGACUUUGUUUUUUUGUUACUAUACUAUAUACAUAGACACAAUCUUGUGCGCACCAUCUCUCCUCAUCCCCUUGACACAAUUCAAUGAAACUUCACACAAGUGAUCAGUAACAACAGUGGUUGUGCAUGGGGCAUGUUAGGUUCUUUCAGAAAAAAAAAUUUGCAGAGUUAUGGGACUUUGUUUUUUUCUUACUAUACUAUAUACAUAGACACAAUCUUGUGCGCACCAUCUCUCCUCAUCCUCUUGACACAAUUUAAUGAAACUUCACACAAGUGAUCAGUAACAACAGUAGUUGUGCAUGGGGCAUGUUAGGUUCUUUUAGCGACAAAAAUUGCAGAGUUAUGGGACUUUGUUUCUUGUUAACAUACUAUGUACAUACAGUCUGCAUAUGCAAUCUUGUGCGUGCCUAAUCUACCAAACCCUUGCACACAAUUUAAUGAAACUUCACACAA